CGAGAGCGAGGUCAAGAUGGCGCGGUGCACCAGGUGAAGGGGACUCAGCGGCAGCGGGUCGUUCGCUUGUAGAACAUGUACAAAACACCAUGUAGUAGACUGACGGGAGUCUGGAAAUGCCUUCCGCGCGAUGGUUUGCUUGGUGUCAGUGUGCAGCAGAAGCUCAUUGCAAAUGCAUCUAGGAGUCACAUGAGCGUCAGGAGUCUGAUUCAACUCUGCAGGAAAAAUCAAGCAGAAUGGAUCACGUUCCAGCAUCUCUGCUUCCUGAAGAGACAGUAUGUGAAGAGCAGCAGCAGUCUCUGCCAGAGAGCGAGAGCCAAGCAGGAGCCUGUUGCCUCUGCGCUGGAUGAUCGAGAUGAUUCGGUGGUCAGUCAGGUUCAGCAGAUCCCAGCCUUAAAGCCUGAACCAGGUACUGUGGUGCCGACAUGUGACCAGAUUGAACCAGAAGCAGCCAGGGCAGCCCGCUUGGAGGCCCGGCAGUGGAAGGAGUUGAAAGUUGAAUACAGUGAUUUACCAGGGAUUUACGCACGGCUCUCCAAAAUUAAAUUAACAGCUCUUGUGGUUACUACAGCAGCUGCCAGCUAUGCCAUGGCUCCAGUGCCCUUUGACCCUGUCACGUUUUUGAUGGCUUCGUUCGGAACGUUUCUCUCCUCCUGUACAGCCAAUUCCAUCAAUCAGUACUUUGAGGUGCCCUUUGACUCAAACAUGAAUCGAACCAAAAACAGACCUCUGGUCCGAGGACAGAUCAGCCCUCUGCAUGCCGUGUCAUUCGCCCUGGCGUGUGGGAUCCCAGGUGUGACCCUGUUGACCCUGGGUGUAAAUCCCCUGACUGGCUUCCUGGGCGCCCUGAACAUCUUCCUGUACACGUGCUGCUACACUCCCCUGAAACGCCUCAGCAUCACCAACACCUGGGUAGGUGCCGUGGUGGGCGCCAUCCCACCUGUAAUGGGCUGGACAGCAGCCACCGGCUCUCUUGAUCCAGGAGCACUCUUACUGGGAGGUUUCCUGUUCUCCUGGCAGUUUCCUCACUUUAAUGCACUGAGCUGGAAUCUAAGAGAGGACUAUUCGCGCGGCGGUUACAGAAUGAUGUCCGUCACCCAUCCCAGCCUUUGUAAACGUGUGGCCCUCCGCCACAGCGUAGGCCUGAUUGGCCUCUCAGCCUUGGGCCCCGUGCUGGACGUCACCACCUGGACGUUCCCCUUAGUCUCCCUGCCGAUUAACCUUUACAUCAGCUACCUGGCUUUCAGAUUCUAUCGCAGUGGCGACAGGCAGAAUGCCCGCAAGCUGUUUUUUUGUAGUCUUUGGCACCUGCCCAUGCUGCUGCUGCUGGCCCUCACCUGCAAGAAGAGACACGUGCCGCAGGACGAGGCAGCUGUUGCUCCCAGCACGCCUUCUCUGGCUCUGUAGAGCAAACUCAAUCCCCUGCCAUAUUCAUACUGGCUAGACAAUUGCUGUCAGCCCUAAAAUUAAUUGUCUUGGAGCUAAAAAGACACCAAAAGUUGUGUACCUUUGAGAGGGAAGCCAUAACCUCAUACCAUUGUUGUAAAAGUUUCCAUUAGG